AUGACUCGCGUGACAACCGAUGCGGACGGAAAUUCCUAUCCCGAAGGCGGACUAGAGGCCUGGCUGGUUGUCUUUGGGAGUUUCAUGGGCCUCUUCGGCUCCCUUGGUUUGGUCAACACCAUCGGAACUUUUCAGGCGUACAUCGAGGGGCACCAGCUGCAAGACUACAGCUCCGGUACCACGGGAUGGAUUUUCGGUAUGUACGCAUUCUUGACCUUUUUCUGUGGUGUGCAGAUAGGCCCAGUUUUCGACGCCAAGGGUCCUCAAUUUCUUGUUUUUGCGGGCUCCGUGCUGGUCAUGGUCAUGAUGAUUGCUCUGGGCUUCUGCACGCAGUAUUGGCAUUUCAUGCUGGUUAUCGGCGUGGCUGGAGGAAUCGGAGCAUCCUUGAUCUUCACUCCCGCCAUCGCCGCGAUCGGUCAUUACUUCAACGAGAAACGCGGCGUUGCCACCGGGAUAGCUGCCACCGGUGGCUCCGUAGGAGGUAUCGUCUUUCCGCUCACCCUGGAGGCAUUAUUUCCGAAGAUAGGAUUCGCGUGGGCAACCCGGGUGGUUGCCCUUCUUUGCCUCGUCUCGGUGAUUGUUGCGUGCCUGUUGAUCAAGUCUCGGUUGCCCAAGAAGCCGGCUGUGAAGGAGAACAUGCUGCCCGAUUUUUGUAUCUUCCGAGAACCGAAAUUUGCACUCACCACAGCUGGCGUCUUCUUCGUUGAAUGGGGCCUCUUCGUUCCAAUCAGUUACAUAUCGUCGUAUGCCUUGGCCCAUGGCGUUUCCACACAAUUUUCGUACCAGAUUCUGGCCAUUCUCAAUGCGGGCUCGUUCUUCGGUCGAGGGAUUCCGGGUUUCGUGGCCGACUAUCUGGGACGCUUCAAUACCCUCAUCGUCACGGUAGCUCUCUGUGUCGUGUGCAAUGCAUGCCUCUGGCUUCCUGCCGGCAAUAGUGUGCCCGUCAUGGUGGUGUACUGCGUCAUCUUUGGCUUUGCCAGUGGCAGCAACAUCAGUCUGACUCCGGUCUGCAUUUCCCAGCUGUGCAAGAUUGAAAACUACGGCCGGUACUACGCUACCGCAUAUACGAUCGUGAGUUUUGGCACCCUGACGGGCAUUCCAAUAGCGGGUGAAAUCUUGUCUCGCUGCAACGGCGAGUACUGGGGGCUGAUCACGUUCACAACUUGUUGCUAUGUUCUGGGCCUUGUCUGUGUCACAUCAGCCAAGCUGAUUCACGUCGGCUGGCGUCACCCGUUUGCCAUAUACUGA